UUGGGUAGCCUGGCAGAGUCAGAAGUCUGAGCCCGGCAUAGUGGUCAGCAGGCGGGACGAAUCACACUGAAUGCAAACCACAGGGUUUCGUAGAGCGGUAAAUCAUUGAAUCCCCCGCCUUCAGAAGAGAGUACGUUUUCGCAAGGAAGCAAUGGCUUCAGACAGCAUAUUUGAGUCAUUUCCUUCGUACCCACAGUGCUUCAUGAGAGAUGCCAGCACGAGCCGCCGCUUCACGCCGCCUUCCACCGCGCUAAGCCCGGGCAAGAUGAGCGAGGCGCUGCCGCUGGGCGCCCCGGACGCUGGCGCCGCCCUGGCCGGGAAGCUGAGAAGCGGCGACCGCAGCAUGGUGGAGGUGCUGGCCGACCACCCCGGCGAGCUGGUGCGCACCGACAGCCCCAACUUCCUCUGCUCUGUGCUACCCACGCACUGGCGCUGCAACAAGACCCUGCCCAUCGCUUUCAAGGUGGUGGCUUUGGGGGAAGUUCCAGAUGGUACUCUGGUCACAGUCAUGGCUGGCAAUGAUGAAAACUACUCAGCCGAGCUCAGAAAUGCUACUGCAGCCAUGAAGAACCAAGUUGCAAGAUUCAAUGACCUCAGGUUUGUCGGUCGGAGUGGGAGAGGGAAGAGCUUCACUCUGACCAUCACCGUCUUCACAAACCCUCCCCAAGUUGCCACCUACCACAGAGCGAUCAAAAUCACAGUGGAUGGACCCCGAGAACCCCGGAGACAUCGUCAGAAAAUAGAUGAUCAAACCAAGCCUGGGAGCUUGUCCUUUUCCGAGCGGCUCAGUGAACUGGAGCAGCUGCGGCGCACGGCCAUGAGGGUCAGCCCGCACCACCCAGCCCCCACGCCCAACCCUCGAGUGAACCACUCCACUGCCUUUAACCCUCAGCCUCAGAGCCAGAUGCAGGAUACAAGGCAGAUCCAGCCAUCCCCACCAUGGUCCUACGAUCAAUCCUACCAAUACUUGGGAUCCAUCACCACUCCCUCCGUGCACCCUGCAACACCCAUCUCGCCUGGACGUGCCAGUGGCAUGACAAGCCUCUCUGCAGAACUUUCCAGCCGGCUCUCAACGGCUCCUGACCUGGCGGCCUUUGGCGACCCACGCCAGUUCCCUGCGCUGCCCUCCAUCUCUGAUCCCCGCAUGCACUACCCGGGUGCCUUCACCUACUCCCCAACGCCAGUCACGUCGGGCAUCGGCAUCGGCAUGUCUGCCAUGAGCUCGGCCACACGCUACCACACGUACCUGCCGCCGCCCUACCCCGGCUCGUCGCAGGCGCAGGGUGGCCCCUUCCAGGCCAGCUCUCCGUCCUACCACCUGUACUACGGGGCCUCGGCCGGCUCCUACCAGUUCUCCAUGGUGGGCGGCGAGCGCUCGCCCCCGCGCAUCCUGCCGCCCUGCACCAACGCCUCCACCGGCUCGGCGCUGCUCAACCCCAGCCUCCCUAACCAGAGCGACGUGGUGGAGGCUGAGGGCAGCCACAGCAACUCGCCCACCAACAUGGCCCCCGCGGCGCGCCUGGAGGAGGCCGUGUGGCGGCCCUACUGAGCACGCGCGGCGCCGGACCUCGGCCCCGGCCGCCCCGCCGGCCGCCCGCGCCUGCCCCGGCUCACGCCGGGCCUCUGCCUCCUGUGCUUCCGAAGCCUCGCAGUUCGCGCCGCUGUCGGCCCUGGGCCCAUCCGUCUUCCCAGCAGGGCACGACUUGGUGUCCACAGGACCACCGUGACGUGGGCACGUUGUAAGGCAAACAGGAUGAUUCCCAGAGGGAAACUGUGAAUGCUUCUGAUUUAGCAAUGCUGUGAAUAAAAGAAAGAUUUUAUACCCUUGACUUAACUUUUUAACCAAGUUGUUUAUUCCAGAGAGUGGAAUUUUAGGGGUUGGGGGAGGGGAGCGGGAGGACACAGUUCAUCUUGUUUGGCAUCCAAUUCUUAUUUUUGAUUUUCUUUUCUGCACCUUAUAAAUUGCAAAAUGCGUAUUUGCAUCUGGAUGGUAUAUAUAUAUAUAUAUAUAUAUAUAUAUAUAUUUGCUUCUUUCUUGCUUUAACAAUUGAGAAAUAGGAUUCCCAUUUCUAUAAGUUUUAUUUAACUUCUCUUUGGGACUUACGUGUAGUUGUUUUAUUUUUUAUGUUUCUGAGACAGCUACAGCAUUGGGUCAUUUUUUUAACUACUGUAUUCCCACAAGGAAUCCCUAGAUAUUUAUAUAUCUUGAUGUUCAGACAGUUACUUAUGUGUUGAUACUUUUCUAAUUAUUUAAAUGUACUUAUAUUAAGAAAAAUAUCAAGUACUAUGCUUUUUUAUAGUAGCCAAAGUUAAAUGUGUCACAUUGAAGAAGGCUGGAAAAAACAAAUGGGUAAUGUGAUCACUUGGUUAUCUGGAAAUAUUGUUUACAUUAAACUCCCUUUCAUGUUAAUUAAACAAGUUGGUAGCUCAUGCAGCAAUGUUUUUAAUGGGAUUUUAGGAACUGAGGGUCACUCCAAGGAUCAAAAAUAGAGAAUUUUCUGCUAGGGUCAACAAAGGGUCUCAGAUCUGGCUUCUUCCCUUCAGACAGAAGGUCAGCUCUAGUCCCAAAGGGUUCAGGCAGGUGCCAAUGAUUACGCCUCUGAAAAGGACUGAAUUUCUGCCUGGGGUGUACUUACACCAUGGCCUGAUAAUUUCAGACAUGCUCUGUAACAGAACACAUCCAGUGGGAGCCGUGUGGAGUACUAUUUACAUAGGAACCAAAUGAUGAAUUUAGGAAUCCCUUAACCUCUCACUACUGGGGGCACAAGAAAACAUUUCUCUUUGAUACAAUAUUCAGUCAUUAAUGCAGAACAGAAUUUCUAGCUAUCCCCCAAAAGUAGGAGUGGGAGGGAGAAAACCAAAUAACUUUGAGGGCCAAAGGAGCCCAGCUGAAUUUUAAGAGGGUCAAUCCAAAAUCAGACCUGGAUGAGCCAGUUUCUGCCUGACUGGAUGGAAUCACUUGGGAGAACAUCAUUCUACCUGUGUAGGAAACCCAUCUGGACUGCUUGACAACACCUUUGUUUUUGCUUCGACCAGGCUGAGACCCUACCCUGGGGGUGUGUGCACUUCCAUCUGUGUGCACCAGCAUGACAGGAAAGAUUCAUGUCACUGCUGCUCAUGGCUACAAGUCAAGUGUAUCCGAUGUCACUGUAAAUUUCAUGGCACUAUUUUUAUUGGAGGACUUGGUCAGAAUGCAGUUUUGUACAACUCGGAAAUACUAACUGCUGAUUUUGACAUAUGUGUGCUCUAAAUGAUCUGGUUAUUUAAUGUACCUCUUGAAUUAGUUAAAACAAUUUCAGGUCAACUCUAAAGAGUGUUUGAAAGCAGGACUUCAGAACAGUGUUUGAUUUUUAUUUUAGAAAUUUACGCAUUUGAAUUAGAUCUUUGGCUGCAGGCAGCAAAACAGCUGGACUUAUUUAAAAACAACUUGUUUUGAGUUUUAUAUAUAUAUAUUGAUUAUUUGUUUUUUACACAGAUGCAGUAGCACUUUGGUAAGAGAGAAGCAGCUUGUGACGUCAGGUUAUUCUUAUCUAGAGAAUUAUAACAGACCUUACAGAAACUCAGAAUAUACUCAUUUUCAUUUUAGAUAUAAUGCCUCCCAAAAUUCAGUUUCAUAAAUUAUUCCACAGUAUAUUUUUACAGCUAAACUACUAUCAAAUGUUAGAGAAAUUAAAGAUAUAGUUUUUGGAAUGGACUAUUAGCCCAUUUUCCCCAAAUUAACUUAUUCUUUUCAGCACAUGUUACCAUAUCUGACCUGAGAAAAAUGCUGGGGAAGGAUGAAAGAAAAAUUUAUAUUUUUCAUCUUAAUUCUCAUAGCUGAAGAUAUUUCAACUCAAGACCAGCCUAAUAUCCUAAGCAGGGAAUUAGAUAAUCUCUCACAUCUCAAAGCCUUUAUGGAAAGGUCUUGUCACUUUGUUGUAGACUUACCAGUUUGGCAGUUCAGAGUUUCACCAACCCUUACCAACACACAUAGUUUUCAGUCAUUUCAGGGAAAAAAAAAAAAAAAUCUCCAACUGUAGUUAUUUUGGAAAUAGUUUUCACAUAUUUUUCUUGCUGAGGAAUUGUACUCACAACCUGCAGGUAAAUGAAGGUAUCUUUGUAUUCAUUGCUUCCAGGUAACGUAAGAUGUCAGCAAGAUUCUUAAUCAUGUAAUAACUGGCUGUAUCUAGGAGUUUUGGUCCAGGAGAAGAAAGAUUGAAUAAGCCAUUUGUACUGCUUAUUCCUACCACUAUAUAUGUUUCAACACAGACAUGUAUUCCACUUCUUGCUGUCCUCACUAUUUGAAUAUAUAUAUUCUCUCCCUGUCUGCCGCAUCUUCACCGUCUCCCUUUUCCUCUCCCUGCUUCCUCCUGCAAACUCCUCCUCCUCCCUCCCUCCCUCGUUCUCCCAUUCUCUGUAAGGAGAGAGCACACACCCACCCCAUACCAAAUGUCCAGAACACAAGGAGGUCCAGUUCUCCUCACUUUGCAUCAAGAACAGGGUGAGUCAGCCUUUCCCCUGCUUAUGGGUUUCUUCCAGCAGGACAGAAAUGUUUCCAGCCGUUUUGGAUCUGCUUGCUCUCCAAAAGCAGCAGCAGAAGCCUUCCCGGGUAAAUUACAAUCAGUGAGUAAACAGCCUUUCUGCUGCCUACAGUUUCUGUGCAGAUAAACAGAAAUGCUCUGAUUGGAAAGGAAAUGAAUGGUUUCACUCAAAUGUCCUGCAAUUAAGGAUUGCAGAUUUCUGUCUUGAAAUACCUGUUUCCUUGGGACAUUCCGUCCUGGCAUUUUUUUAUUUUGAUGGUUUUGCUUUUGGGGGGGAUGACAUGUUUUGGGUCUUUUAUACAUGAAAAGAUAGAUUGACAGUAAUCUCAGAAAACAUUUUUUUACAUCUGAGGAAAAUACGGUUUUGUUUACUCUAGACUAUACAUUUGCUUGGGGCUUUUUGUUGAUUUGUUUAUUUGUUGGGAAACUUUUCCCUUCCCUUCAGCCUGGUCACUAUUGAUAAAGCUGAUCCUAUGGCUUUUUUAUUUUUUCCCUUCCAGAAGGGUUGUAUCAACAAAAUUAAUUGUAUUUAUGUAUGUAAAUAGAUUUUAAGCUUCAUUAUAAAAUAUUGUUAAUGCCUGUAAUAACUUUUUUCAAUUUUUAUGUGUUUCAAAGGACUUUUUCUUAUGUUGGCUAAAUACUGUAGAAAAAAAUGCUUCUUUCUACUUUAUUUUAGACUUAAAAAUGAGAUACCCACUUUUGUAAACAGCUAAUAGCAUGGUUCCAAUUUUUUUAAGUUCACUUUUUGUUCUAGGGGAAAUUAAUGUGCAAAAAACAAAAAAGAACUGUUGGUUAUAUGUGUUAUUCUGGAUGUAUAAAAAUCAGUGGAAAGAAUAAACUUCCAAAUUGAAA